AUGCGCAGCAAAGUUCGUUGGAUACUCGACACCCAAACAGCAAAUGAAGCUUUUUAUGGCUUCCUCAAAAGCAGGGCUGAAUCUGACUCCAAGAAUAUAAACAGUGAAAGUGGGCGAGAAACUUCCGCAAAAAAUCUCUCAGUUUUCUUCGCCACUCUAUGUGUAAUUGAUUUGUUUGGUGUCUUUCCAAUUGUGGCUCUUCCGGAAGCCAUUAUUUCUUGUGGUCCCUACGGAAUUCCUCUGGUGGUGUUCGUAAUCAUUGUGCAAAUCUACACUGGCGUCAUUUUGGGCAAGUGCUGGAUAAUUGCUGAGAAAUUGGAACCGAGUAUUGUUGAGAAGAACAGAUAUCCGUAUGCGGCAAUUGCUGAGCUCACUUAUGGGAAGUACAUGAGUGUCUUUGUCACUUUUCUGCUGGACAUCACGGUGUUUGGCGGAGGAAUACCGAAUCUCCUCGUGGCAUCGCAGAAUUUGCAGCUUUUGGGGCUCAGAAUAUCCGAGGGUUCCUUCAACUUAUCCUUCUGCCUGUGGCUCAUCGUUAUCGGAAUCUUCAUCUGUCCCAUCAUGUGGCUGGGAAGUCCAAAGAAUAUGAAAGAAUUGGCAACAGUUUCUGUGAUCACCACGAGUUGUGUGGCUAUUCUAACUUGGUAUUGUAUUGAAAUGGACAAGAGUGACGCAAACACGUCCAUCGUCAAUAUCCAGGACAUGAAAGUUACCACUUUCAGUGUGAAGAAUCUGCUGAAAGCAUACGGAAUCAUUGCCUUUCAAUUUGACAUCCAUCCAAUGCUGCUCACCAUUCAGAUGGACAUGAGGCGAAACGAGAGGGAAAACAUCGGCAUUGCCGUGUCUUUGGGCAUAAUUGUCACAGUCAUCUUGUCCACAAUUACAACACUCUUGGCGGCAUUCAAGUACGGAUCGUCAACAACGCCCAACAUCCUCGAGAUCCUGCCCAGGAGUUGGUCACUGUACGUGAUCAUAUUCUUGGUCACCGUGCAGCUGUGUCUCUCCAGUGCCAUCGGGAAUUCCGCCCUGUUUCAGCACAUUGAGGACAUCUUAUCAGCAUCGCGAGAUUUCACCAUAAAGCGAUGUCUCAUCAGAUCUUCUCUCGUGUGCUUGGCAGUCAUUAUUGGGGAAUUGCUUCCGCGGUUUGACAUGGUGAUGGGCCUAAUAGGAGGCACCCUAACAGGACCAUUAAUUUUCAUCCUCCCGCCACUCUUCUUCACACGCAUUCUCCAUCUGGAAGACGUGUUUGAUCGGAAGAUGGACCAACUCGACGACGAUGGAAGCAAUUUUGAGAAGAAAGUGUCUUCAUAUGGCACAAUAACUUACAGCCCUGCUUCCGCAAAAACUCAGCACUUGAGUAGAAAAUGGAGAAGUGUUAGAAAAUAUUGUGAGAUUCUUCACAGCGACUGUCUCAUAUCCAUUCUUGUUAUAUCAUUUGGCUUAAUUGCCACUUUUGCGACGACGUACUUCAAUGUGGCCGAAACACUCUCGAUUAUCUCAUUUUCGUCACCAUGUAUACAAAAACUCACCAAUGAUUCAUUGGGCAUUUUAUAA